GUUCGAGUCACACAACCACCAUGCAACAUAAAGCUCACCAACCACUGAUGCCUUGCACCAGCAAAUACCUGCAGUACAGAUGGGAUAAGAACGACUUUGAAAUACACAAGAAAAAGGUUCAGUCUGCGAAGGCGACGCUUAAUACAAGUCCACCUAAGAUCUAUAAUCACAUUCUUGUGAAAAGGAAAAAGAAAAUGCUGGAGGAUGAACGACUUUCAACGAUCCAAAGGGACAAUCAUAUGCUACUGGAUAAAAUAUCCCACAUCAAGAAAACUGCUGGGCGAAUUGAUUGUAAAAAUGAGUAUGUGAGUAAAAGGCUCGACACAGAGAAAAGACAAGAAGCGCUGCUUGAAAUUGUGAAGAAUAAUAAAAGAAUGCUCCAAAGUUUAUCACACUGCGAACCGUAUUACAGCGCACAGGGGUGGAACGAGCAAUGGAUAAAAACCCUUGGUCUCAUGAAGAGUAUUGGGAGAUUCCCACCAUUAAACUAUGCUCAGCCUCCUGUAGAUGUUUGGCCACAAAAGACUAUGGUGUUUUCCAAAGGAAAACCAUAAGAAGAAAACAAAACAAUUUUCUCAUGUAAAAGAUGAUGUCUGCAAAGUGAAUGAAAAAACAACCCGCUAAGAUUUAUCAAAAAUGUAUUUAAUUAUUAUUAUAGACUUGCAAAGUGAACAAAGUGCAAAGUGCAGCAAGUUAAUAAAAAAACAGUGAGUAAAUAUUUUAGCCCAUUGAAGUUUUGCAAGUAAAAUGUUGCACUUAAAUUUGGUAGACUUUAAAUUUUGCUGACUAGUAGUACCUACACUGAUCUUUACCAUAUUCACAUUGCAGGAGGUUUCUUUUUUUUUUUUUUGGAUUAUUUGGCAAGGGCGCUA